CAGAUUUGCUUCUUGGGUUAAACUUGACGUUGGCGCUGUGGAUGCAGGAGAGGGAGCUGUGUCUAUUUAAAGAGGGUCAUCCAAGUCGCGGAUAAAUAGCAGAAGGUCCACGGCGUUGACUAACCCUCCUCUAAAUGGUUUUCAUCCCGCACUGUGUAUCCGUCUGCGGCUUGUUGAGGUUUAUUAGUCCAGACUGAGGCCGAUCCACUGCUGUGACAACCAUCCGUCGACCAAGACCCAGAUCCAGAUCCAGUCUGAUCUCAGCUCUCCUCCUCCUCCCUAUUUUUUUUUCUUAUUAUUAUUUGAUCAUUCCCUGCCGCGGAUACCUGAAAGAAAGAUGGGUAAAGAUUACUAUAAAACAUUGGGCAUCUCUAAAGGAGCCACAGAUGAGGAUAUUAAGAAAGCUUACAAAAAACAAGCGCUGAAAUGGCACCCGGACAAAAACAAGUCUGCAGCCGCCGAGGAGAAAUUUAAGGAAAUCGCCGAGGCAUAUGAAGUCCUCAGUGAUCCGAAGAAAAGAGAAGUUUAUGAUCAGUACGGAGAGGAAGGUCUCAAGGGAGGAAAUGGACCUUCUGGUGAUGGACAGGGCAGCACCUUCACCUACACCUUCCAUGGGGACCCUCAUGCCACAUUUGCCACUUUCUUUGGGGGUUCAAACCCUUUUGAUAUGUUCUUUGGUCGUAAAGCCAACGGCCGAGAUGACGAGGACAUGGAAGUGGACGGAAAUGAUCCCUUUGGCUCCUUCACCAGCUUCAAUCUAAACGGAUUCCCCCGGGACGGCCAUGUCGGCCCCGGAGGACAGCAGCGUCGGAAGCAGGACCCAGCCAUCAUCCACGAACUGAGGGUUUCCCUGGAGGAGGUCUUCCACGGCUGCACCAAGAGGAUGAAAAUCUCUCGCAAAAGGCUAAAUCCAGAUGGCAGGACCAUGCGCACUGAGGAUAAGAUCCUCACUAUCGAGAUCAAGCGGGGCUGGAAAGAGGGAACCAAGAUCACGUUCCCGCGGGAGGGAGACGAGUCACACAAUACCAUUCCUGCUGACAUUGUUUUCGUCAUCAAGGACAAGCCACAUCCUCACUUUAGGCGGGAAGGCUCAAACAUUGUCUAUCCUGUGCGCGUGAGCUUACGACAGUCGUUGUGCGGAUGCUCAGUUACCGUGUCGACGAUAGAUGGGAAGACGUGCAACAUGAAGAUCACCGAUGUCAUCAAACCUGGCAUGAGAAAGACUGUCGCCGGACAAGGUCUCCCCUUCCCCAAAAACCCAGAGCAGAGAGGGGAUCUGGUGGUGGAGUUUGAUGUUAAUUUUCCAGAGACAUUGCCUGGCAACGCCAAGGACGUCCUGAAAAGGCAUUUACCUACCUAGGAUGAAGGGAAAGGGCAGAUAACUGCAUGACAGUGCUCGUCCUCAUUACCAAACACGCUCGCACAAACACACACACAGACAUACAAGGACAGAUCUGACAGCUCACAGAUGGACCUCCUACUGACGAAUGUGCAAUUUCUAUUUUUGAGCUAUGUGGUGUUUUUUUAUAAAUACCAUGCAUGCUGCCAAGUUGAUAUAAGUGCAAGUGAAAGACUGUCUGGGUUGUUAAUAUCUGAAAGUUACACAUUUUAUGUAUGUGGAUCUUUGCCACAACAUUACUUUACCUUUUUGUUUGAUGGAAAUAUUUGGUAGUGAAUAAGUCUACAGUUGCCAAAAAUCCCAGCGACCCUGGGAAACAUUUCAGUGCCAAACGUUUCAUUUUCUUGCUCUCAGUUAGAUUUGACAGGCUUCAUUACUGACUGACUGUUUAACUGUUUAUUUUUGUCAUGAAGAGAUAGAAACCGCAAUUCGGAGGCUGUCUUAAACUUUGUGUACAGGUCAUAGAGAAGAAACUGGUUGAAUGAAUCGUCAUGUGUGCAUUUUAGAAAACUGACAUGUGAAGAUAUUGAACUUGAAUUUUAAAAUAAAUAUUUCCACAAGAA